CACAGUUUACCGGAGUGUCGUGCAGUGUCGUGUUUGUCCUCUGCGCUCCUUGAAGUUUUUAGUUGUAAACGAAGUGGACAUGACAGAAGGGUUUAACUUCAGCCUCUGACUCUUGACUCAAUAUGUUGGCCGAAUUAGAACAGUUGGAUGAGUCAAGGGCAUGGCCACGAUUAUUUCAAAAACUCAACUGGGAAGCGAGCCAGAGAGCUGGAGCACUAACAGUUGCAAGACUUCCUGAAAACAGACAACUUAAUCGGUACAGAGAUGUUUUACCAUAUGACCACAGUCGAAUCAUUUUAAAGCAAGGAUCCUCAGACUAUAUCAAUGCUAACCUUGUUGAGAUUUCAAGAUUGAACAAAAAGUAUAUUUUGACCCAGGGACCAUUACCUCAUACUGCAAAUCACUUCUGGCAGAUGAUAUGGGAGCAAAACACAGCUGCUAUAAUCAUGUUGAACAAAGUAGUGGAAAAAAAUCAGAUCAAGUGUUACCAGUACUGGCCAUGUGGAGAGGCCUAUGCCCAUUCUAAUCAGCUUGAGUUUGGUAACUUCAAAAUCAACUACCUUCGGGAGUUGCACAAUGAAUACUUCACCAUAAGAUCACUGGAACUAGAAAAUAUUUUGACAGGAGAGAAACGUCCAAUAGAGCAUUUUCACUAUCUGACAUGGCCAGACUUUGGAGUGCCUACCUCACCUGCAACUUUCCUGGCUUUCCUGUUUGAAGUGCGCAGGGCGGGAGUGAUGUCUAAUGAUGUAGGACCCUGUGUAAUUCAUUGUAGUGCUGGAAUAGGAAGGUCCGGAACAUUUGUCAUGGUGGAUUCAGUUCUGACAGAAAUUGAGCAUGAGGAAGACAUGAAUCAGAUUGAUAUCCAAGCCAUGUUACUAGAAAUAAGGCAAUAUAGAGUGGGUCUCAUUCAAACACCAGAUCAACUGCGCUUCACAUACCUGGCCAUUUUAGAAGGUGUACGUGUUCUAAUGCCUGAAAUAUAUCACAGAGAUGUAAAGCAUCAGAUACAACCAAAUACUGGUGAUGACCAGGAUGAUGAAGUAGUUACAAGUAAAAGAGAUGAUACAAGCCAUCAGGAGGGGGAGAAAGAGGAGACACCACCUCCACUACCACCACGACGAAGGCAUGCUGAGACUACUGAUGAACCAGAGAAUAAGAAGAGUCGUAUAGGUGAACCUGUUACCUACGUGACAGAGCCAAAAUCAGAAGUAGAAGAAGUGUUUUCAGACAGUGGUAGUGAUGGGUCAGAUGAAGUCAUCAACCUGUCUUCCUUAUCAGAAUCAGAGACUGAUGAUGACACUGUUCAAAUAAGGGAAAGCUUACUAGAUGAUUCAAAAGAUGAUGAAACACAACAAAAUUACGACUUAAAGGAACAAAACAAACUAUCCCCUGUGCAUGCUGAGUUACUCAUAAAAGAUGAUACACUAGAACAAACAGAGGAGGAGGGUCUUCAAAUAACAGAUGAGGGGUCUAAGCUGAAAGAUGUGCCUCAAUCAACUGCUGUAGAGGAUCAACAUACCAAGGAAGGUACUGUCCAUACAAAAGACAAGGAAGACCCUCAACCAUUAGAUGAAGGGGUUCUUCACCUGUCGGAUGAGGGAAGUUGCAAUGCCAAAGACUACUGUCUAAACCCAAGAGAUGGCUGCAAACCUUCAAACCAGGGAUGUGAAGUUACCACUGGAGGUCUCAAAACAUUAGAUGAAGGGUUGCAAUCAACAAGUAAAGGCCAAGUAAAGGAGAAUGAGAGUGGUAUGGAAGUACGUAAGCGAAGGGAAGAACGCAGGAAAAAGACAUCUGAUAUGAUUGAUAAAAUAAAGAAGAAUGUCAAACAAAGUGAAGAUACAAAAGUAUGGAACUUCAGAUUGAUGUUAUCAGGGGGAAUCCUAUUAGGAUGUACAGUGGCAUACUUGGCUUACAGAUACUUCACUCAUGGCUAGUUUUUCCUCUUCUUCAUUGAAGUGAUGUGUAAUUGUUUUUUGAGUGCUUUUCAUGGUUAUUUCUCUUGUAACUUGCAUGAUAAUGUUUUUGGUAAUGUCCUUUUUGAACCUGAUUCCAACUCAUUUUUACAGAUUUUAAGAUACUUUUUAAGACAUCUCUAUAUGACAGGGCUAAAUGAUGACAGUGUGUACCGAAAGAUACAGCAUGUAGAACUUUGAUUUCAUAUGUGGUUGGAAAGUUGCAGUAACAAUGUGGAAACCCUUAUUAUUUUCAACCCCAAAGUAUUCUUUACUCGGGUAUGAGUUCUGCUUUGAUUUUAAUGGUUAUAUUUUGUUUUUAUAAUGACAUACACUGAAUUGAUAUUCAUGAGUUUGAAAAUAAGAGAAAGUCACAUUUCAGUGAAUGAACAUGAACUACAAGAUACACAUAUGCCAAAAAGGAACAUUUUCCAAAAGAUUUGUAAUUUUCCAAAUUUCCCUCAACAACAUUAAUUUGUAUUUGUUUUACAAGAGUCAGUAAACAAAUUUUUAUUGUCCAAAAUGUUCAUUUUUUUUCCAAUACACUUAUUGUAUGUGUAAACUCAUCAGCUUAAUAUGAUACUUUAAGGUGAAUUUUAAUUCUUAAUUGAUGUUUCACCAACUAAUUAAACUAGCAUUUUUUUAAAGUUAUUUUGAAAAAAAAAUCAGUUUCAGAUGUGCUCAUCUUCUGUUUCUUUUACAUUGAAUGUUUAAAUUGUAAAAAGACUAUUUGUUGGUUGAUGAAAAGAAUAAUGACAUUUUAUGUGUAAUCUGCUACUUAAUGUAGCUGUAAGAGUAACUUUUUAAAUAUAGUUAUAAUGUUUGCGGUAAGGGUGAAGAGAGACAGUGUUGGUUGAAGUGCAUUUUGUUGUUGGUGAACUGCUAUUGAUUUUUUUUUCAUGCUAUGGAGACACUAUGGAAUGAUGCAAAAAAAAUUGAAUCUUUUGCUGAUUGUUAGUUCUGAGGCUACAUUGCUGACGAGAACAGUGACAUUAUUUUUUCUUAAUGUAGCUAAGCUGUAAUAAUUUAGACUCGACCAAAAGUAUUCUUAAUUUCCCAGAAGCAUACUGUUGUCUGUUAAUAUUGUUAUAAAUAUUAUUACAGUAAUUUGUGCAAAAUCAAUUCAGUUGUGAAUCCUUAAUUUUAUCCUUAGGGUGAUGUAGUUCAUUUUAUACAGUAUUUUGCACAAAUUUCACAUUAAAUGAUUGUGACGGCCUUGUGUUCUUCA